AUGACUAAAAGGUUCAGUAGAGAAAAUCAGGAUCUUUUGUACUACAAUAGAAGGUACAAUGACGCGAUUUCGAAUCGACGAAUGGGUAAAAUUAACGUCAUCAACGUGAAGUCGAACAUCGGCGAGAACCCAAUCGAUACCACGAAGCAGGAAGACACGGUUCCAACUCUGCGUGACAUUUUGAACGAUUAUCUGGAGAGCACUUCCGUUCAUGGUUUACAAUACUUUGGCAAACUGAGCGUUGAAGUCGGAUUUUUUGGAAAGAUUCUAUGGACUUGCACCAUAUUAAUUUCUUUCGUCUGUUUGAGCUUGAUGGUAAUGCAAUUUCUGACCCGUUACAACGAGAAUCCGACCAAUACGUAUAUAAAGACCUUCGACGCCCCGAUAUUUCAAGCGCCAUUUCCUGCUGUCACCAUAUGCCCGGUUAUGCCGAUUCCUCUGCAGAAACGACUGGCCAUUUUGGAGAACAUCAUACUGCCCCAGAACGUGAGCAGAGAUAUAGCGAUGUACUUGCUGAAAUACGGACACCAUAUAACUCACCCGUACGUGAACAGAGAAUUUAAAUACGUGAACGAGUUGAAAGCGCUGUUGGAUAUUAAUAAAUGGAGCGUGACAAAAUUCUUGGAAACUCUGAUACCUUGCGAAGACAUUUUCGAGUCGUGUUGGUGGAGUGGAGAACGCAUAGAUUGCACCAAAUCUAUCAAGACUUCCUAUAGCUCUUACGGAUUAUGUUGCUCCUUUAAUUAUUUGCUUGAGAACUACGUAGGAUCUCAAAAAGGUCAUCCACAACCAAAACCUCUGAGUUCGGCGGAUUUUGGCCUCUGGAGCGGCUUGAAACUCGUGAUUAACAAGGACGCGCUCGUGCUCAGUGAAAAUAUGAUAAAUUCCUCGAGGAUCAUAAACAGCUACGGCAUAAUGGUACUUAUACACCAUCGAAUGGAUUUUCCUGGGCUUAAUACGAAUAUGUACAUGUUGCAAGCGAACCACGAGUUGGAGAUCGCCGUAAAGCCGCAGCUUAUUCAUAAGCCUGGAGGGCUUCAACAUCGGAACAAGGAGAACGAAUUAGUCCCCGUGUGCAUCAGGCAAAACGAAAGCCCUUUGGAAUACUUCUCCAUUUAUCGAUACUCGAAUUGUUACGCGAAUUGCAGGAUCAAGGCCAUGAUCCAACUCUGCGGAUGCUUACCGUUCAUCUACGACUACGUAGCUGAAUUCUACAACAUCACGCGUUGCGAAAUAGAGCGUCUGCAUUGUAUCCAGGAAAAUGCAAAACAGAUAGGCAUCGUGAGAGACGUUCAGAACGAGAACAUCACCUGCUCUUGCAGGACCCCGUGCGAGAACAUGAACUACGAUGGCUUCCCAAACUCGAUCGCUCUAGUGCAAACCAGUUCGCCCCGUAACGUGUCAGAUCAAGCCGCCGUCAUUAAAGUCUACAUGCAAUCGCAAAUUUUCCAGAUACUGGUAACCCUGUCAGCCGCUGACGAAACGUAUCUUUUAGCCUCAGUCGGCGGAAUCUUCAGUCUGUUCCUUGGCUGCAGACUCUUGCGCGGACGAGUCGAGACGCAACCACAGCAAACGUCCGACAAGAAUUUUGUAAACUAUCGCCGACAAGUUUAUUAA